UUUCUUCUCAUGCUUUCCGAGGCUGCCGAUGCUGGCGGAGCCGCCGCUCGCUGGGCUUGCCGGCUCCCUGUGCCUGCAUGCCGGAGCGCAGUUAUUAAUUUCUCCCUUCGCACAAGCCGGCGGCAGGCGCACGUCUCCAGGAAAGCAGGGAUAUUCCAAAUAAAUCCGCUAAUUCCGGGGCUGAGCCGUGCCCGCCCGCCUGCCAAACGGAACUGUGAAGCGAUGUGGAAAAGUGAGCCGGGAGCCUCCCCUGACAGCUCUUAUUGGGCCGAUCUCGGAGGCAGGUCUAGCGCUGGGAAAUUCGUGACCGGGACGUGCCCGGAGAGCCGGCGAGGAGGAGCCGCCGCUGUCCCCGUGCUUGGGGCGAUGGCCGGCGGGAGAGGGACGCGGGCUGGAUGCGGCAGCACCCCGAGGGGCCGAGGGCAGCCGCUCGUCUCCGAGGCACGGCGCUGCGGAGGGGGCCCGGGGACACGGAGGGCAUCCUUUGGAAGGGCUGUUCCCGAGGCCGGUCGGGCCCGGCGCUGCCUCGCUGGCCCCAGGGCAGCCGCAGCCGCAGCGGGAUGGAGGCAGCACCCGCAAGCUCGUCCCAUCCCGGACAGACAGACAGCACCGCCAGCGAGGGACAGACCACUGCCAUCCCCUGCCAUCCUUCCUCAUCCCCGGAGCCUUGCUCCUUCUCAGGGCUGGUCAUCUGAACCUCCUUCAGAGCCCCUGAAAACCUCUCCACCUUAAGCAAAAGAUGACUACUCUGAUCUACCCAGGAUUGCAGAAAGUGGACCCUAAUAUUCUUUUAUACAGUAAGAAUGCCAUAUAAUUUAGUUUCAUGAUUGUUAAUCUCAUUUUCCAUGCUGACCCUACGAGCGCAUGCACGUGUGUGAGACAGAGCAUGAAACCCUCCAUGUGUAGCUCUUACCUGCUCAACUUUAUCUUAACUAAAUGCAAGCUAUUGCAGAUAACAGGUGCAUUUCUGCCUGCACAAAUCCCCCUUCUGAAAAGUCUCAGACUCACGGGAAUGUAGCAGAAUGCACCUAGAAUGUGCCAUUUUUCAAGGUUAAUGAAGAAACAUCCAAGUAUCGCUUUGUUUCUCUCAGCCCAAGCUCCUGCUUUCUGAGCUGAGCCUGGGAGGGUUCCUUGGAGGAGCAUGGAUAUAUAAACACACAAUACUUGAAGCAGGCAGAGAGCCUUGAGGGAAAUACAAAACAUUUGGAAGUGCAGCAGAUAAGAUCAGAAAUGUGGUUUCCUUUUACCUGGGGUUCUGCUGAGGCAGAGUAUUUUUCUCCCCCACCCUUCCACCAACUGAACAACACAGUGAAAAUACAGAUCUUGUCACAAGGAAAGCGUGAGGAUGCUCAGCCUGGCUUUACUCCUGGGAAUUAAUGCCAGUUUUCAAAUUUUUUAAGGUUUCAGUAAGAGUGGUUGCACACCUGGUUUUAAUUUCUAUUGAAAACAUCUGAUGGAAGCAACCAAGAAUAAAAAAAUCUUCCUAAUAAGAACCCUCGUGUCCUUGCUUUAAGUAGGCAGCACGGUUGUGUGUGAAAAGAAAGCUAAUGGUAGAGGUUGUACCUGCAAGUGCAGCUUAAAAGUUUAGUUUUUUGUUUUGAUUUCAACCUUUGACUUGUGCCAUUUGUUCUACGUGACCUUUCUUGCAAUUGGAAAUUACCAGGGCAAAAGCUGUGCUCUUUCAUCUUCAGGUUGUAGGAGAGGAUGGUAAGUGUCUUGUUAAAAUGGAUUAUGCCAUCCAUGGAUUCCCCUGCUGGAAAGCCUUUCAGAUCAUGGAGUAAAUCUUGACAGGAAGGAGAGUAUAGAUUAAAAUUAAUCUAAAAAUAAGCUUGGAAUAGCAAAUGAACAUUUGCAGCUUUCUGCAUCCUAUCCAGACAAAAUGAUUUAAUGAUAUUUAUCAUAGGGAGAUAUAUAUACACACACACACUACUGCAUAACACUGAUGAAUAUGCUGGCUAGAAAUUGUUUCCCCUUAAAUAAAUAUUAUAAGGAAGAUUAUUCCUCUAUCUU